AUGUUAAAUGGACCAAGUGGAGAAGAGAAACGCAAUAAGAUUCGUUGCUGUCGCUUACAUGGUGAAGCAAAUAGCGCUCCAUUAGAAACUUUUCUUGAGGAAUGGAGAAAGUUGCAAGAUUACACACUUAACAUAUUCAAUGCAAACGAAGCUGAACUCUUUUUUCGUAUGGCAUCUAAUCAAACUCUUGCAUCAGCUCCUACUUCAGGUACCAAACUGGAUAGGACUCGCAUUACUGUUCUUUUAGCAACAAAUGCUAUUGGUACUCAAAUCUCAAACCACUUAAAUAAAAUUAACGUCAAUGCACAAGCUUGGAAUUUAGUAAAAGCAGAACCAAUUGUCAAUUGUUGGCGAAAAACUGGAAUUUCACCAACUGUUAAUGAAAAUGGCGAUGAUAAAAUGAUUCCAACGGAACAGCCAACAACUGAUGCUGAAAUUAUACAAUUAAUUUUGGAAGAAGGAAAUGAAAAAAACUGA